CAGAUGGCAGAACUCGCUCCCGCCGCCGCGCCGGCCAAAGCACCCAAGAAGAAAGCAGCUUCAAAGACCAAGAAAUCAGGCCCGAGCGUCGGCGAGCUCAUCAUCAAAGCGGUUUCUGCGUCGCAGGAGAGGAGCGGUGUGUCCCUCUCCGCCUUGAAGAAAGCUUUACAGGCCGCCGGAUACGAUGUGGAGAAGAACAACUCCCGCGUUAAAAUCGCCGUCAAGAACCUUGUGAGGAAAAGCGUCCUGGUGCAGACCAAAGGGACCGGUGCGUCUGGCUCUUUCAAGCUGAACAAGACGCAGACCGCAGGCAAGAAAGCCGCGCCCAAAGCCAGAAAGGCGGCCGCCAAAAAACCCACCGCGGCUAAGAAGCCCAAGAAGGUAGCGGCCAAGAAGUCUCCUAAGAAGGCAAAGAAGCCCCCCGCCAAGAAAGCCACCAAGAGCCCGAAGAAGGCGAAAAAAACGUCGACCCCCAAAAAGGCUGCCAAGAGCGCGAAGAAGACAAAAACUGCCAAGCCCAAAGCCGUAAAGCCCAAAAUGGCCAAGGCGAAAAAGGCGGCCCCCAAAAAGAAGUGA